AUGGAUGGGGGUUACCAGCUGUGGGCACCUUGGUCUCCACUAGAUGAAUCUCUGCAAUGGCUGAGGGGCACCUUCCCCAGGCCAGGGGCUUCCAAGCCUCUCUUUCGAGGAAGGCGGAGCCCGGCUGCUGCAGAUUUAGAAGUGCAGCUUUGUUUCCAGGGCCUGAGCCUGGUCCUGGAGUCUCGUGCGAAGAUGGGAGCAGGGCAACCGCAGCCCCCGGGAGCAGCUGGGGAGACAAGAGGGCAUAGUGGGUCUGUGCGGAAACCCCAGGCCGUGCGUCUCACAGGGAUUGAUUCGGUAUUUGGACAACUUGUGACAGUACAGCCCCCACGCUGGAGUGGCUCCCUCAGAGUAUCCGAGCAUUCAGCCUUCCGUCAAGUCGUAAGCGCCCACCAGCGCUGGCCCCGAGGGCUCCGGGAGCCUCAAGUGCGCAUGGCCAUGGCUAUAUGCCGUCAAAUGCUGCGUGCCAUGCUCCUGCUCUAUGCUGCCUACAAGAGGUGUGCCUUCACAUUGCAACAUUCCCACUGA